CCAACCAGAAAAACAGUGAUCGAGUCUCGCAACUGAGAGAUGCAUGUUUCGGUCCGGAGGUGAUUCAAAAAUUUUUAGAUAGGCCUACAAAAUAGUUCUUUUAUUUUUUUGUUUUUAGUAGGCCUUGUGUUCGUCGACCUCGAACGAGAUUCAAAUGUAUCGAAUUUGAUUUUUUUUUAAAACUAUGAUUUUUCACAUAUAAGUUCAGGUAAUUUUAUCAAAUUGGGUAAUACCUACUCGUAUUUGAGAUCACUAGGUAUUAUUUUUGAUGAGUUUAUUAGAAAAUUGAAUUACAUUUUCUUCGAUUUUUGAUACAGUUAAUUUUAUUGUGGUGGCAUCUUACAACAACAGUGACGUUGUUUUAAUAAAUCUCACGAGAAUUUACCAACUUUGAUGGUAUUUUAAGCAACUUUAAAAGCAACUGUAAUAAUUGUCUUCGGUCGGAGUUUUGUUAUUAUAGCAUUGUAUGUACCUGCAUAAGCCUCAACACCACAGCGUUUAUCGUCCGAAAUGCAUUUCAAAUCGAUAUUUUCCUGGUUCAAUUUGAUAAUUUCAAUUUACGUCGCGUUAGAUACGAGCGAGGGUGGUCAUGUAUCCCUUCGAGUCAUUUCUAGUGCACAACCUGAUAAAAUGGCAGUUCUUGGUAACGAUGAGACAAUAGAUUGCGCUAUUGAUGGAUGGUCAGGGUAUGGCACUAAAUGGGUCAAAGAUGGUAUUGAAGUGACCAGCGACGCAUUCACAAUUUUAGAUAAUGGAAACUUGAUGAUUAAGAAUGUAGAAUUUUCUGAUGCAGGAAAUUACACAUGUUAUGCCACAAACAAAACAUCGUCAAAGAACACCACAACUACGGUGAGAGUUGUACUCUCCGAACCUGUUACUUAUUUGUAUGCAAGUUUAUUGGAUGACACAACAAUGCACCUGUAUUUUGAAAAGCCUCGUAAAACAUAUCGUGACGUUCUUGGAUACAACAUUUCAUUCCAAGUUGUACACAAUUGUGACUUGGGACCUUUACAAAGCCGAAUAAUACAAAUCAGUGAAAACAGCGACGCUGACGAAUUACUAAUACAAUUGAGAAAUUUGAAACCAAAUACCAAAUACAAAUUUUAUGUAAGUGCUAUUACUUGCGCUGGACAAGGAGAAAUAGCAUCUGUGGAGUGUCUGUUAAACAAGAAGUACAUGUAUAUGUGCGAUAAGAGUAUACCUCUACAUACACAUAAGUUUGGAAUUGACGGGUACCCAUUCAACGACUUAAUGAACACUGGCCCCAACUGUACCAAUAGCACCAAUGGACAAAAUUUGGUGUCGUGUGAUUACUGGAGCGUUGUGACCUAUCACAGUUGGUGGCCCAAUCGCGUUGUCCCUAAAAACUUACUAGGAAGACAAUGCAGUAAUGAAACCACCGAGUUCAAUAGCUCCGUUAUUAUUAUUCCUGCUCUGAAUCCAAGUAUUCCAUAUGUAUCCCGAGACCAAAAAGAAGAAAAGAGGCAAAGUUUUAUGCAAGAUUUAUACGACCUUCUUAAGGGCUUGUUGGAAUCGGUUUAUUAUGGUAUUGGAGCUUUUUUUUCGCAUCUUUACACAUGCCCUGUGUUGGCUGUGUUUGGAAUUGUGCUAGUAAUACGUCUACUACGUGGAAAAUCCGAAACACAAAAUGCAUCCUCCCAUGUACGCCAAGUACAAAGAGUUAGUGCGAAAAAUACAAGACCUGUGAACGUGGAAAAAUAAUCCUUUGAUUCGAUCAUAUUGUGUAGGUUCAAGUGAUCUUAGUAACAUUAAUUUUACCUACUUAUUAGUUAUUAGGUACUCCGUAAAUUGUUCAGAUUUUUUUGUCGCUGUUUUGAAGAUUUGAUGUUGAGGUGAAAUAAUAUUUGUACAUAUUUUAUAAUUAUGCAUGUCCAUCAUCACUCCAGCAACUAUACGAGUACAUGCCU